AAGGAAUGCAAGGUUGGGCGGCUGGUCUGGGGGACGCCAGCAUCCCCACCCCUCCCCCUCUCCCAACCACACCCUCGCCUCGGGGGGCCACGGGCGCCGCGGCGCGGUCUCGGCGCCACGCGCCCCUCGCAGCGUCAGUCCAAAACACAGCGGGCUGCGAGUCGGACGCGAGGCGAGCACAGCGGAGAGCAGCAGGCUGCGAGUCUCCUCACGCGCGAGCACCGAGCCCCCUCCGUCCUGCAAGAGCGAGUUGCGCUGCGAGCACUGGAGAGCAUAUCAGCUCCACGACGAGGCACCGUGAUCCGGCCACCUGCCGGCCCUCAUCGUAGAGCCAUCUGAGGCCCGUUUGAGUGUCUGUCGGUGGAGAACCGAGGCGGCGACCUGCGGCCCAUCCGAAGGGAACGCAGCUGGUGCUGACGCAGUGACUGUGCGUAGCGCUCCAGCGCUCCCAGCCAAGCACCACCAUGAAGAUCGUGAACGCGGGCAGCGCGGUGGUCGCGGCCGCUACGGCCGCGGACGACUUCCACGCCCAGAAGGGCAUCAGCCUGAGCGACCUGUGCGCCACCCUCGGCGACAUCUGCAAGGACAUCUCGAGACAGGAAGGCGUCGAGUGUAAGAGGCCGCUGCCCGUGGUGGCCGCGCCGCUGGUCGGCGUGGCGGUGGCGCCCGGGGUGUGCGAGGUGCUCCCGCACCUGCUGCUCGGCAGCGCGGCCGCGCUCCGCCCCGGCCUGCUGGCCAGCCUGGGCGUCACGUGCGUCAUCAACUGCGCCUCCGAGCUGCCCAACACGCCCGUGCCGGAGAACGUGGCCUACCUGCGGGUGCCCCUCGUCGACCACCCGAGCGCCGCCCUCCACCAGCACCUCGACACCGUCGCCGACGCCAUCGAGGAGGUGCGGCUGCAGGGUGGGCGCACGCUCGUGCACUGCGUGGCCGGGGUGUCGCGCUCCGCCGCGCUCGUGCUCGGCUACCUGGUCAAGCACCGCGCCACGCCGCUGGCCGACGCCUUCGCCCUGGUGCGCGCCGCGCGCCCCUGCGUCCGGCCCAACUCGGGCUUCUUUCGGCAGCUCAUCGACUGGGAGCAGCGCCACCUGGGCGAGCGCAGCGUGAGCAUGGUGCACCACCCCGCGCUCAGCGCGCCCAUCCCCGACGUGUACGAGGCCGACUACCGCAACACGUUCCAGUUCAUCAACAAGUACAGCAACAGGACGUUGUGCGGCCGCUGAGAGUCCUCCGUGCCGGGGGCAUGGGCCGGUGGGCUGAGGCGGCUAGUAGCCGCCACAGCCUUUUCCCGCCUUCCCGACUCAGGGGGAAUGACUACUGCGGUUGGUGUUGGUCGAAAAACGCUUCAUGAGUGUUGUGAUCUCAAUGACCACCCUCAAGUGUAGUAGGACAGAACUGUGCCGAGCGCAUUGCGACUGAGAAGGAGAGUCAGAUAGAUCUCUCUGUUUCCACUAGUUUAAGAACAUAACGUUCAUUCGUUUAAUUAAUUUAUGAAUGUGUGCAUCAUCUAGUCAUUUCCAUCCGUAAAUGCAUUUGCAUGUGAACUCAUUCGUUCGUUAACAUCAGGCACAACCCCCAGUCUUCUAGCCCAGCCGAUUUAAUUUGUGCUCUAUGCGCCCUCAUUAUCGGCUUCACCUCGCAAUCAUCAGCAAGUUAGUAGCUCUUGAAGUUCUAUAUUUCCCCCACAUUCAGUCAUUUUCAUUCAUUCGAUAUUUACUCUCAUUCAUUUCAUGUAAUUUAUUAAGUUCAUUCAUUCGCAUUCUUUUUCAUUCAUCUUCAUUCUUUUUCAUCCAUCUGCAUUCUUUUUCAUUCAUUGUUGUUCUAUUUCAUCCAUCUGCAUUCUUUAUCAUUCAUCUGCAUUCUUCUAUUACUUCAUUUGCAUUCAUUUUUAUUCAUUUUCAUUCAUUUUCAUUUUCAUUCAUUUUCAUUCUUUUCCAUACAUUGCCGCCCUUUUAUUCGUAUUCAUCCAUUUUCAUUACGUUUUAGUCAGAUUCAUUCAUUUUCAUUCAUGUCGAUUCAUGUUAAUUAAGUGUUAUUCAUCUUAAUGUAGUGGCAUUCAUCUUUCAUACCGUUUCUUUUUAUUUUAGUCCAUGUUCAUUCAUUUUCAUCCAGUUCCCUUUGUUUUCAUGCAAUUUCACGUUUUUCAUCAUUUUACCAAAUUUGGCUCAGCAAUUAAUUGCCAUCUACCAUCUGUCAUCAAUGUUUAUCAUUAAUCAUUUUAUUCAGAACUUUAUGACUAUAUCAAUCAUUGUCAUUUUAAAGUCUUAUCAUACUCAACGGCAUUCAAAUUUUAUAUCACUCUAUCAUUGUAAUAUUAAUUCUCAAGAGUUCGCCUUCACACUGUUGCCUGCAGCGACUUUCUCUUGUUAUGUGAUUCACUUAUUGAUAUACCAUUGUAUUCUAUUUCUAAGCAUAAUCUCUUUUGUACGCGUGUAAUACAUAUAUAUUUCUUGACUACAAAA